AUUGAGGGGCGAAUAGAGCAACCGUUAUUAUUGGCACGAAACAGUUGAACAGGUGCGCGCGCUCAAUCCCCUCAUCCCCUCGCUUCGUUCAAACAGGAGACGUCUCAAAUACGAAAAAAAAAUCACAUGAGUUAGGCGUAGUGUCCAAACAAAAUUGACUUUGAAAGCCAGAGAUUUGAACAAUCAAAAUGGACUUUGAGUUUGUAACACCAGCCAACAACAUUUUUCCGAUAGAACCAUCAUCUGUCUCCAAAAAUGUAUAUGAUGAGAAUCUCUUGGAAUUCAUUUCUACUUUGAAGGAUCAAAAUACACUAAGAAAGAAAGAAUGCAUUGCUGAAGGAGCUUUACCUUUCCAAUCAACUCCGACACGGGUAGUUGAAAUAGUGUUCAGUAUUUGCGCUUUGUUUGAGCUCCCCAAAGAAGUAAAAUUCUUAGCCAUUGACAUUUUUGACAGGUUUGUCAUCAAUCAUACUACUGAUGUGUGGCAGUAUUCAUGUGAAAGCUCAGCGGAUCUCAGCUCACAGAGGAAGUAUUGGCGUCGUGUUGCAGAACGAUCUCAAAAGCAAGCAUUAUUGAGAGUUCUGAGUUCUAUCCAAAUUGCGUCAAAAUUUGUCCUGCAGUCUGCAGCGCUAUCCCCGAAGCAUAUUGAAGAAUACCUUUCAAAAUGGGGACAUGCUUUUAACUUGCGAAGCAUUUGCCGGUCAGAAACCAGACUUUUUUCCACAUUAGGGUGUAAGGUACCAAUCUAUUCAAUUUUUGACUACAUAACAGUUCUUUUGGAAGCAUUGGAAAAGUGGAUGGAUGAGACUAGUGAGUUGUUCUUAGUGUGUGACCAAGUUUUAGAGUAUAUGUACUUGCAAAGAGAUGAGAUAUAUAAGCGGUUCUUUUGGAUGGCUACUAACCGAUGGGAGCACAGUCGAGAGGAAAGGAUGAAGUUUGCUGAUGCAGAGCUUGACCGCUUUUUAAUGGCAUCUUCUAUCAUUGUGAGUUCUAUUUACAUUCUGAACUUAAAAUGUAUCGGCCCUAACAAAGCAAGUGAAAUUCUCAGUGAACUUGCAAAUGUCAGCAGUAACGAUAUAAGAGGCUUAUCAAUCAUUACUUCCCAAUUAAUACUAGGAUCAGGGACUAGAACUGUAUCGUUCAGGUCAUUUGACUGAAAUGGAUACUUUAAAACUCCUAGCAGUACCUUUUAAUUACAAUACAAACCAAAGUUUGUUGAUAAAUUGAUUUUAUAAAUUUCCGAAGUGAAGCGUGUAUGAAAUUUAACGUGAACAUUUGUCUUUGCAAGUAGUCAAGUCAAACUUGAAAACCCAGCAAUUGAAGGCUUUGUAACCUUUUAAUAUUAAUUGAAAGAAAUUUACUUCCAAAAUGAACUACUUGUACCAGUAAAUGAAAUAAUACUGUACCAUUGACAAGAG